AUGCGAAACCUCAGAUCUAAGGCAAACCGCAAGUGCUCAAUUUCUAACACUCAACCACGACAGGUUAGUGAAGUUGAAUGAUUCGGUUUUUAUGCACCUCUCCCCUUUUUAAGUGAUGUUUUUUUUUCGCAUUAUUUAAUUCAUGUGCUGAUGCAAGCAGCCUACGAUGUAUAACAGACAACAGAAAAUGGAUUAGUUUUAUUUCUCCUGAAUGCUUUUUCAAUAAGAGCUUUUAACUCUCGGCAGAUCGAGGUUUUAUGGAUGGGAUUUCGCAUGAGACUUUCGGUUAAUCCUUGAAAACUCAAAUUAAUCAGUUAUUUAUAGAUAUUUUGGCAGAUUUUGAAUAAUUUAUCUUGACGCAACUGUGAAAAACUCGGCGCCUCGGUGGGAUUCGAACCCACGCAAUAAAAGAAAGGCUUUAAUACAGCCAACGCUCUAACCACUUGAACUACGAGGCCCCACCGGACGACACGAGUUUAAUCACAUUUGGGUCAAGUUACCUGCCCAACCUACUGCAACGUUUGGAAUCCACCAAUUCUGAUACAGUAAGUUGACUGCCCAAGCAGGAUUUCCUAAGUAAUUCACCUAGAAUUCACCAGAUGCCUACUAGGCUCACGCCUUCCCCUUACUACGUGGGUUCGAAUCCCACCGAGGCGCUGAGUUUUUCACAGUUGGGUCAAUAUAAAUUAAGCAGUCAUUAUUAAAACGUGACAGUAUUUUGUCAUUUUCAUUCUGGCAGGAAGAUCAACAUCCCCACAAUAUUGCUGCCUAAAGUCCAGAGGCUGCAACCUGUAAUCAAAAACAAAUGUGCAGGAGAAAAUGUACCAGUUGGCUUGUCGAUAAAGUUCUAUAACAUCAGUGGAAGUGAUGGACUACUGCACGCAUUCAGAACCUCAGAACAACAAACAAUCCCUACGCUCGGCCAGAUAGAAUAGUUUUGUUUUUAGAAAAAUAUGACUGUACAACAUCUAACGUUUAACAUACCUGUCCUAAUUUAGAUUUCAUUGGACUUUAUAUACUUAGAUCGAUAAGCAAAUCCUUGUGGCCCACCGGCGGCCCGGAUAAUGGCGUCGUGGACGCACUCAGCAGACUAUCCCAUUAGCAAGGUGAAUUAACUCUGAUGCCAAUCUCUUGCAUCUAGGUAUUAUAUAAAAUAGAUCAAAUAUUUUAAUGUCCAAGAUAACAAAUAUCGAAGCAGAGGAUGGAAGUAGGACGAUUCGCGCAAAAUGCUAACCAUCGAGCGAUUGAUAUCUUGUAUAAUUAGCAUUAUUUUAUGGAAUUAAAAUAGCCAGGGGCAAUCUGAACAAAUACUAUUGGUAGUUCGAGAAACCACUUUCGCAAGAAGUCGUUCCACUUUAAAGUUUGGGACGUUUUUUCCCAAAUUACCUCAGAAACUUAUUAACUUCAUUUUGCUUCGAAUGUUAGUUGGAACGGCAUGCAAGGAGCGGCACCAAAAUUAAUCUGAUUUUAUUCUAAAAUCUGUCUCAAGUGAUUCACUUCUGUUGAUGUUCAGUAGUGUAUUCCAAGCUCUACCGAAAUCAUUGGGUGAUGAAAUUUUAUGUCUAUAAAAAUCGUGAAAGGAGGAGUCUCAUUGCAUAAUAAGCAUAAAUAAGUUCAUAGACUAUAAAAUAAAAUUCUUACACCAUUUUUGCAUACUUUGACGCAGAAAUACUGAAGUGGAUGUCAAAUUGCCUCUUCAGUCGUGCCGCUAUGUGAGCUUGCGUAUAAAGUGCAGUAAGCUCAAAAAACAGAUGACUGAUAUGUGCCGUUAUUGAAAUAGUUAAAAUCAGGGGAUUUUAGAAGUGAAAUGAUGUAAGACGCAGUGGAAACACAUGUUCUUUUAGAGAACAAACAAUUCGCUCAGUAAGUACUAUCGUACUUUACGCAGCCUUGGAAACAGAUUUAUUUUAUUUACUAAACAUACUUAACAAUUACAUUAACUUUAUCAAAAGAGGUUCCAUCUGUGUAAGUUACACAAACUAUACAAACGUUGCAAAUUUAUAGGUGUGCCAUUUUUCCACAUUGCUAAGUAUCGAACAGUGUUUUCUUCAGGGUAAGAUAAUUCCAUACUAACAGCACAGGUACUAGCCAAAUGUCCAUACACACGUGCUUCGCCGAUAUUCUGCCGCUGCAUGACAACUGCGAGGGACUCGGUUCGUCAGAGGGUCCGCCAGCAUUACUUGUCUGCUUCCUGGUAGAUACUCCAACACGGAAAUUAUAGCUCUUUAAUUUCCUCAAAAAUUAACUGCGAAAUUAAAGUAGAUCAGUAAAUUUAAGGUUUAAAGGCUCAGACCUAACCGGUUGUGCGUCCUGGUUGAUGGACUUCGGUCCAAAUAUUCAUACAUAAAAACUCCGAUCUGAGCCUAUAGGCUUUAAAAAUACGGAUCUACUCCAAGUCCGCGGUUAAUUUCUAGGUAAAUUAAAAAGCCACAGUGUUCCUUUGUUGUUUAAAUUCUUUUCACGAACGGUACUUUACUGAGGCAAGUCUGCAGUGAAAUACGGUUAAAUAAUGAGCAAAACUGAUGCUCACUGACUGGACUCCGUAUGAGUCCCCAAGUUGUGAACUGUUAUUAAAAUGCACUUUAAUACUGAUAACGUGAUAAAGUAAGAUCUACUUAAUGACCAUCCUAGCAUUCGGGAAGAUUAAACUAUACAGAAGUUCUGCUCAAUCCGUAGUCCUUUCCCUUUUUUCCCGAUGCCCGCACGAGUUCGGCAACGAUUCCUUGAAAUACAGAUCGUUAACUUUCCCUGUCCUAAAUAUUUUACAGUAGUACGCGUCUACCGUCGACCUUCAAAUUGCAACAUUCGAACAAAACGCAUGCGGCUAUGUCCUAUAUUCUGAGGUGACUUUUCAUGACAAGGUAAAAGGGCGUCUAAAUAUGUAUCCCGAAAACCCUUAAGGAUGAGUUUUGUCGUCAAAAAGGAGGUAGAUUUGUCCUUGUAAACAUAGGGUAGUACGUGUUUUCAGCAAUUUAAACAACUCCAUAAAAAAAAUCAAAACCACGGCAUUCUUGCGAAUGUACCUUGAAGUGAGUAGUUGGCUUUAAUCAAGUCUUUUUACACAGGUCAUAUUAAAGAGUCAGAAAACCCAUUGUAUUCCACCAAGAAAUAACAAGACGUUUUCUAGGGCAGUCGACUUUUUGUACGGCUUAUAGUUCCGGAGUGGGGUGGAAGAAUUCGGUUUUCGGUAAGCUUCACUGGCGAUAAGCAGAAUUGCUUGCAAUUACUACUUCAUACUUUCUACGACUACGAAGUUUUGGAGUUCGCAGCCGAGACAAAAAUGCAGUAAUUUUGUUCUGCGAUUAAAAUAGCUUGCUGAAAGUCUGUCCUUUAUAAAACAGUUGUUUUCUCUUAUGAUUUUCCAAAUACGGUUUCUCAGCACUUUAUUUUAAAGAAGAAAUCACAAGUGAACUUUGAGUUAUCGUUUUGAUCCAGUAAUGCCAGUGCAUAUGUUGCUGUUAAACCUUGGGCAACCAUCACUAGUAGUUCACAUAUUAAGCUUGAAGUAACGCAUGCGCCUGAGGAUAUGUGGGCAAAAAAUAUUUUAACCCCAACGACAUGCAGUAGAAGCUAGCGCGAUUCUAAACAUAUUACCUAAUAUACAAUGAAGAUGAAAGUCUCGUUUUAAUCCACUGCGUCAGAGACUGAUUCCAAUACCAACCUUUGCAACAACACAUGCCUUUUUCUUAGUUCGCCCUGGCGGUUGCCGUAUUGUUCUAACGGACACUUUACGGGGAUAGGUGACUUACUCCUACACUAAACGUAUUGUACAUACACAUAUGCAUACAAUGUUAGGGGGCGCUCACCGAUCGUUCAUACGGAACUCACUCGUUCCGUUGUGCCUUAUGGACUCUCUCUCGAGCCCAACCAGCAGCCGCACAGCGGCGCAUGAUAUAUAGGCAGAACGGAACGAGUGAGUUCCGUAUGAACGAUCGGUGAGCGCCCCCUAACAUUGUAUAUUCCCGAUCGAAAACCGACAAGGCAACGGGCUCGUGGCCCGGUGAGUAGAGGCGUUGACUUCUAAACCAACAGGUCGCGAGUUCGAGGCUCGGGUGUUCCACACUUCGGGCUUGGGUAUGGCUGGCUGACGACGGCUAAUAAGCCAGAAAUGGCCAUUCCAGUCUCCCUUGUCUUUGUCGGUAAUACUAUUCUGCACAUAUGCAUACAUAUUGCACGUACAUAUGGUAGGGGGCGCUCACUGAUCGUUCAUACGGAACUCACUCGUUCCGUUGUGCCUUAAGGGCUCUCGCUCUCGAGCCCAACCAACAGCCGCACAGCGGCGCAUGAUAUAUAGGCAGAAUGGGGACGGGAAUGGCAAUUUCUGGCUUAUUAGCCGUCGUCAGCCAGCCAUACCCAGUCCCGAAGUGUUCAACACCCGAGGCUUGAACUCGCGACCUGUUAUUUAGAAGUCAACGCCUCUAACCACUGGGCCACGAGCCCGAUGGUUAUAUAUAUUAUGGUAGAGGGGCCUUCUCCGAUCGUUCUUUAACGGAAUUCACUCCCCAAUAUUAUCGUAACAGUACAAUAAUAGAAUUCCGGAAACCUGUGAGUAUAUUAACUUCUUGUAAUGUGAGUGGAUGCAGAGGAAAGAUUUUCAUCUUUGCUGUCUUCUCUCAUUUCCAAGGUCCAGUUUGGGUUCUACGAUUGGUGUCACCUUACCAAUUCUGGAACUAUAAAACGAUCAAUAGAUGAAAAUGACAUCACAGAAGUGAUCUAUGUGCCCUUCAAUGGCAUUAAUCCGGACGAGCCUCUCGGCGAUCUGCGCUACAAGUGGUGCGCGUAUUCCGAUUCUGUAAUUCUUCGCACCUGUAAAAGACUUCGUAUCCUGCAUGAUGAAGACCUAUUCUGUCAUCCGCGCCAUAAAUUCCAUCUUAUUGAUCCGAUCAUGGGCCCGAACAUUCAAGAAAUCAUGAGUGCACCUGAAAAGACGCCACUCGUGCUAAGUAGGGCGUUUCGUAUUUUGAAAAGACAACUAAUGCGCAACAACAAUCAGACACAGUACACACCGUGGGCAGUGAAUAGCUUUGCCCCACAUCCGUCUCCGUCGAGAACUCUUCGGUUCUCAGUUGAAACCGGACAGUACCUCAACAAUUUUUCAAACGUAAGUGACUGAAUAGUGCAGAAUUACUCAAGAAUUUUCCGAACCCUUUUAUAAACUGGGUUGAUCCUAACUUUACGGAUCUGUCCCUUGAAGACAGAUUUGACUCAAAAGCCUACUAGAUGCCACCUUGAUCAUUUACAUUACAUAACUGAAUACUGAAUCAGGGGCGUCAAAACUUCUCUCGAAGUAAUAUCUUAUUGACAAAGAAUGUUGGUGAGAAUAAUAAAGAAACUAGAACGUUCGCAUAUCCUAAACCGGCCUCUUGUGUUAUGCAACUGUGUCAUGCAGUGAAGCCAUGCUUAAAUAACUAUAAUUAACCGAUAAGCUUUAUUUAAUUAGUUGCAGGAACGAAAUGAGUAAAAAGGGACUUUGAGGUGAUACGCUUAUUAAGUUAUUUGACAUCCAGAAAUUUUACUAGAAAACAGAAAAUCACGUAGAAAUUCACCCCAAAAAUUCAAGUGGUCGCUCAUUUUGACGUCCAAAUUCAAUCUUGAUAGGCAGUUGACGUAAUAACACACUUAAUUCCAGAUCAUCGGGCAAGUUAAAACCCAUCACUUACCCUCGGCUGACCCGAGGCUAAAAGGAAAAAACAAUACCAAAAGCUGCAUUUCUCUCCGGAAUACAAAUGCGGACGCUGUGAAACUGUCAACAUCCUCAGUAAACCUUAAGAGGCCCCAAAUUCAUCCAAUCCUGAGCAAACAAGUUCGGAAAAACACUCGAUUUUAUCUUGAGAUAGUUCAGUACGUUCGGAAAACUUCUUACGCGACGCAACUAAAAGGGCAAAUCCAGAAUUAGCAAGCGAUCAAGGGAUAACAUUGUACGUUAGGGGCACAGGCAAUAAGCAUUUGAUUAGUUAACCAGAUAUGCCUUCCAAAUACCUUAUAUAUUAUCCUAAUGUGAAAUUUGAUUAAGAGUCUGUUAUGUACAGAAAUAUCUGAGCAGCCAGUCAAACCACAGAAUUUUCUCAGCGCUCAUUCAGAUGAAAAAUCAGUUGGCAGAUUGAUCUGUCAGAAUAGACCUUUCUGUUUUAGUUCGACAUCUUGAAACACGAGAACAGCUUGUGUAUAUUUUAUUACCAAAGGCUUUAAUUCAUCACAUCCUUAUAAGUAGGGCAGUAGGUCAGACGCUUUUCAGUUUCAAGUGCGUCAUUACUAGAGAAUACGCACUUAUCAAACAACGUUUCGGUGUUCUUGUGACAGAUUCUACAUCUCUCCACAACAUAGAGAACAGUUAGAUGACCGAAUGCCAAGCACCAAGCGUUAACCAAAUCUGCGCAAAAGAUUAAUAUAUGAUGUCAAAAUAAGAAACAAGGGCACUUUUUAAAAGAUUUCGAUUUCUUGAGUUGGAUAAAAAUAAGACAAUACUUUUACUUGUGAAGUCUAAAGAUCGAAUGUGAGUAUUUGAAGAAAAAAUGGUAAAUGAGGAAAAGUUACCAAAUAGGGGUGGUGACAGGUUUUAUAGGAACAUCGAGGAAAAAUAUGUUUAGAGCUGUCAGUAAUAAAUAAAAACUCGGUCAUAGCGAUAAUUUUUAAAUAUCACUAAGCAUCAAAACCGAGUCCAAUUUUAGGCGUUUUUGGAGAAAAAUAAAAGUGGAAAAUAAUAACUUCCUUAACCUGUUUUACACGUCUUUCUUCUUAAACUUCGUGACAUAAAUACAUAUUUGGGUCGUUUAUUGGACGCGAAACCUCAUAACCUUUGUGCACCUAACGCAUAAUUGAUAUAAUUAAAGGCAUAUGUUCAUAAUUUCUCUGUCGUCAUAUUGAGCAUCAUUUAGAUAAUUGCCUUCUUUUUAUUCUUACAAAUCCCUCAGUGCAAAUUUCACUUAAAACCUGGCUGUUCUAAUAUUAUUUGGCAAUAGUAAAAACAUCGCAAGAAAUAGUAAGGUUAUGAGAUAUUGAAGCUUUUCAAAUUGUUUCGGUUUGCACUAUGCUCGUUUACCAAGUCAUAAAAAUCAAGUUCAUUUCUCCCUUCAUCACCCAUCAAAUCCUCUUUGACACUUGCACCAGAGAACGAUGAUGGAGCACGCUUAUCUGCGAGCUUAUCUGACCCAAAAUUCGCUGAAAGAGUUUGCAACGAGUCGCUAUUUUACGAAUCAGUUUCAAGUCAUUUAAGUAAACCCUGGAUUAUUUUAUUAGUAGUAUUGGAACUCUUUAAUUAAACAUCGUCCUAUGACAUGUAAUCUGCUUUAGAGUUGAAGGCAUGUGCCUCAGUUUCAAAUUUCGUUGGGAUCUGCAACAACUAGACAAGGGCAAGCGUUCUAUUAUGGACGGGCUGUGGCAUCGCUUUGCACUUAUUGAAAUGUUUCGACUGAUCAAACACCUGUUUUGCAAGACUUAUUCUAUGAUUAAAACUAAAUAUCGCCAAGCACAUAACUCCAUUGGGCAAAGUGAGUCAUGAAAUGUCCCAUUCAUAAGUUAAUAUCAUUCAUAAGUUAAUAUCAUGCAGUUUCCUAGGUAGUUUGUACAGCUGGUGACCAAUCUCACAAAAUGUUGGCGCGAAUCACCAGGUGUGUUUUCUACUAAACAGGAUUACUUAGGCCUAAUAUUUGUCAUCAUGCAACAAAAUCUUAAAAUAUUUACUUAACGCCAGGAUGUCGGCCUUCAACUGCACCCCUUUUCGGUCGUGGGCGAAGAUCUUACUUAUUACAGAAGGACUGCUUGGGUAGUACGAUUUGUUACGUUCAUUUUCUAUACCCUUGUAAGUUCGAGAAUGCAUAAAAAUUCGUUCUUGUGCACAUUUAGUAGCGAAAUAAGUCUUCUGCAAAUUUUAAGCUUGGGGAGAGUGUACCCGUCAGUUUUAAACAAACUUCCUUAUAUUAGAUUUCUGAAGACAACAAAAUAUCCAUGCAUGCAGCAUCAAAUAUGUCAUUCUAUAAAUUCUGUUCAUGAAGUAUACAAAAGGGUCUACAUUAAUUGCAAAAGCGCAUGAACCCUUCUUAACAGUGUAGAGAAAUGUAUGGUCUACCUUACACAGAAUGUAUGCAGCAUGCCGUUUUUAGAUCUCAAGCGGAUAUGUAUUUUCAGAGUUCAAAAAACCAUUAUUUGGAAAUUGAAAAAAGUUUCCUCAAACCGAAAGGUAGUCUUUCGGACGCACGGCCGCUAAACAGAAUGUUCUUUGCAAAUAAAUGGACACCAGAAGGAAUAGGCUUGGACACUUAUUUUGACAAGACAUAGCUGGAUUGGGAAAGGCAUCGAAGAUCAGCGGGGAAAUGUAUGUUAAUUAAGGCAGUUAUUUUAUACGAAUCAUGGCUUCCGAAGGCGGCUGGACAGAAGCUCACCCAGAAGCCGGCAUAAUGGUGUGACUGAUAAACUUUGGAAUUAUGCUACACGUUAAUAGAUAUUACGCUGUCACCUGAAUAAUCCUUUUCAGGCAUUAGCAUGACUGUGAAUGGAGCUUGACUGCUAAAGUACUCCAGUCGCUAAUCAGGGAAGGACUGGAAGAUUAGCUGUUCCUUAAUCUCGAGCACAGGUAGCGUGUUUCAUGGGGUUAUCCUACAGGAAUAACUUAGUAGACAUUACUUGCUGCACAUAAAGAAAGCCUUUCUGGCCUGUACCGAAAGUGCAUUUUGUCGUUUAAAAAUUUCGACUCAAUCGUCCUCUCUAUAAACUAUCUCUACCUACGAGAUAUAAUUAACCUCCUUCGAUGGGCACGUUUCAAAGUGUUUAUUUUUUUACAGAAAUUUAAUCAUCAGACUUUAGUCGAAAGGCGAAUUGCCUUCUUCAUAACUACUACUUUUUCUCUUGAUUUCAUUUCUUUCAGUCCAUGCGCUCUAUCUUAGAGGUGCUCAUGCAACUGAUCAAAAACGAAGGAAAGAAUAGGUUGAAUUUCGGUCUCAACCUGUGCGUGCGUAUCCAGUUUACUGGUGGUACGCGCGGGGGAAAACUUCGAGGAGUGGGGUGCCUUAACCCUCGUGAAAAUUUGACGGACCGCCUCCUGGCACAUAUUACCCUCGCCUCUUUAGUACGACCGGGGCCGAACCCUGACUGGAUUACCAUUGCUAGCAAUAUAACUCGUCAUAGUCUUGAUAACAUUCCCAGAAGUCUCGUGAGUUGGAAGACAGAAUGGCAUGAUGUAAGGGUAAGUGAACUGUCAUUCAAAACCCUAAUUGGCAUUUUGCAUUUUUGAAUGUUUAAUGAUAAGUAACACAGUCAGCACAAAAAUGGGAUUCAUAAAUCAACUGUCCCAGAUCAUACUUCUAGACACCCUUAUGCUUUAAUCCUCGCCGGCAAAACCAAUCUCAUCAUAAUUCCUCGUCACUACUACUACUACUACGACGACUACAACCCUUGUCUUUGACUUCUUAUUCUACUGCUCUUUCGUGCUCCAGAAUUCGCCGUUAACAUGAACAAAAUAAAUUUGCAGGCAAUUUGCAUUCGUAUCCAGAUGUUCUGUCCGGAAAAGGAAAAUGCGUUGAUAAUAAGAAUUUUCCCGAUGUAUCUAAUUUUUCCUGGGGGAUACAGAGAGGAAGGAUUCUAUAAGAUUUGCAAUUAGCAGCGACAUUAACUGUCACACCAAGUAAUUUACCUUCCGUCUAAUGGCAAGGAAGCAAUUAGUGGUGGAGAGUCUUAUCUACAGUCCCAGCUCUCUCUAAAAAGAUAACACCGAAAUAACAGCAUACGAAAAGGAAUCGAAUUGUGACCGAUGAGGGCUGUUUCAAGUAAAGUUGAGUGACUUCCUCUCAUUUGUCUCAAUGUUGAGAAGUUCAUUUUAAAUUAGAUAACGGAAGGCAAUUCAAGGGAAAGUGAGUGUUGUCUGCUUAGUGUGUAGCUAACGCGUCAGGACCACAUAUUUCCGAUAAUAACUAAAGGGAGUAAUAACAAAAACGACAUCAGACGAAAUAAAAUGAGAGUUUUAUAGGAAUACGUUUCCAUCUAAAAUGGGCACAUUUAAAGAGAUUCCGAAAAUAUCCGAAAAGACAUUAAUUUAAGGCGAUUUCAAAUCGCUAUCGGAUGACAAAAAUCUUGAGCACUGUCUAACCAGGCUUGUCGACUUGAUUAAGUGAAAUGGAAACUUCUAUUUAAGCUAAAUAAUUGUGUUUAUCAAACAUUUGUAAGAACUCGUGUGUAAACUACAAGAACAAUGUGACUGUAGCAUGAUCAGUGUCCGUCGUACGAUUAUUGUCUGACGCUUAUUGAUUUGGGUGGCAUAGUUAAUUAUGACAUGGUUGGAACAGGCACUAUCCAGCACAACGAUAAGCCAACUUAUUUGCUCACUAUUUAUAUCUUAAUGAAGUUACAACAACAUUCUGCUGCUACGCUUGCUGGAGCUUCCGUCAACACCGAGAACAAAAAAAUUUCGGUAAACGAUGAAGGUUUCAGAGAACAGAAACGAAGACCUCGGGACCUCGGAAAAAUAAAUAUGCUUGCUUAUAGAAACGAACAGGCGAGUUCUAGAAAGCAAUUCAGAGGAAGGAGAUGCGAUCACCGGAACAAGAAUUUUGUUGGCCUGUCGUUUCGGAUUCUCACUCGAGCCCAUCAUCAGUGACGGUUGCAGAUGAAGGUUGUGGAGGCACAAAGACUGCAUUAUUUAUAGCACGUAGCUGCCGUGGAGUCACAUGCGUACUAUAAUUAACAGCCCACGUGAUCACCGCUGAGGGUCGUAAUUAAGGCGAUGAUGACUCGUCAGUCCGCGUUAAAUACCGCAAUUUCAUCAUCCGUGUUGGAUGUUGACGUGAUGAUGAUUCGGUGAGUUGGCCCGCUGUCACCAGGAUAGUUGAGUUCCCGCGCCCUCCUCACGUGACUGAUUCCCAUGAUCAUGGAAAAUGUCAGUACUGAAUAUGGUACCAGGAGGUCAUCGUGCUAGUUGAUGGCUUGUGGGCCUGAGAACCAUGAUUCGGGCAGCUCGCGGCUCACUCAUUUGUCAGCUUUUGCAAGGAUUUCGGCCUCUUGAAAAUUGGAAAUAUGGCCGAGAUCCGUGGAAUGAGCCGUUACCUAAGAGCUGUCGUCUACCCUCCAUAUCGCUGCUACGUGCUCAGCCGUGCGCGUCCGGAGUAAUCUCCCAGUUUCUCCAAAGUAGUUGCUCAGUCCGCAACUGCACCAGAUUCGGUUAGAGAUUCCAGACGUCUACCUUGGCAGCGGGACUUUCGGCCUGAUGGUUGCUUCCAGCCUGCAUGCAACCCCAACUCCAAGUUGAGUGGGAGGACGGCUGACGGCCUCCGAGACGAUCCUCACGUACGGAAGUGCUGGUCAAAAUUUAGGGUCGGUCGAGUUUGGUUUCUGGCUUCGUCUGCGUAUGCAUUGUUUGAAAAUGCUGCGCAGGUAGACAUCGGCUUUCAGUACCCGUCGAAGAUAUUGCAAUUCAACAACCUUGUCUUCCGUUCCACUGCAGUGUGUCUCAACGCGUCGGUAAAGCGACCUCACACACUUGCUUUUGCAACCGAUCGGGUGAUUACUGUUGAAAUAUGUUUGUCUAGAUUGUCCUCAAAGGGUUUUUCGUUCACAGCGGCUACGUAGGGCCGAUAUGGAAACAGGGAUGUGCCAAGUGACUGUUAAGCUAUUAUCAGAAAACCAUAACUGAUGCGGCUCUUCGUCCUUUUGUAGCUCUUUCCUAGAAUAGUUUUAAGUGUAGCGAAUUCGGAAGCGUGACCGAUGUCUGUCAUAUGGAAAUCGGUGUGUGCUAAUUUAGUGCUACGCCCCAAGUACAGAGUAGUUAACAGUUCAUGCCAUUUUACCUUAUCUUGAGUCUGUAUGACUCAGCUGCCGAGUGUGGUUCCAGAUUGAUAAGUGGUGCCCAAACUAAAGCGAGAAUUUAUGCGCGUUGUUACUUCUACCACGUUAGUAACGUAUAACAAGACGCCUCACAGGUUUUUUAAGAAUAACUUUUGAACAACCUCUUUUUAUGACGGAUUGAAAAGGGCCAAUUGCGGGCCCAAAAUUCCGAGACACACUUUAGUAUUGGCCACAGAAGAUGCCUAAAUUCAGCGAGAGCUUAAAAGGUUCGACUGUUUUCGGAUACACAACAAACUAGAAGAAUAUUCAGGCAGGCAAUGAAUAUCUUUUCUGCCGAUUUUAUCUUCCAACAUCUUGUCGCUUGUCAAAGAGAGGCCACUCAAAUAAUAAAUAAAGGAUAGAGGAAUCUUACGGCUUCCGGAGGACAGGGGAUGACAAGAGCUCCUGAUUAACAAUCCAUAUUUACUCAAGAGAGUGAACACAGUCCGUAAUGAUCACGAAGUUAUCUCAUGUCAUAAAUUUUAGAAAAACCGAUACGACCUCUAGUCGUUAGUGCUAAUAAUCUCUUCCGUACUCCGAUGGAUUGUUACAUUUUUGACCCGGUAUUCCUGACCUACUUUCCCGUUAUUUUUGAUUUCUUUGUUUACUUUUGUCGUCACCUCUUACAAAGAAGUUAAACAAACCCGAUAGUAGCCUGUGUCGGGUUUUCUACAUAUCGUAGCACUUACAAAACUGAACAGUUUUUCUGACCAACAAUAAGCCAAAAAUUGCAUAACCAUUGUGCGUUUUAUAAACGCUACGCACUGUGUGAUCCGCCGUUUGAUUUAUAUCCAAAAAGAUAUACUACCUGCGUCUAAAUUGUUAUUACUUGCGUGGCGGUCAAGGAUGUUAGAUCAACUGUAACCGCACACAAUAAUUUCGUUCCGUCUUAUAUCCGAAGUCAGGGAGCUGUAAGAAGAGGUUUAUUCUGUACAUAUGGCAGGUUGCCGAGUUGGUUGUUUUCUUGUGACAGAGCUAGGCGUCCGUCCCCGGAGAGCGUCAGCCGUAGUGUGUUGUUUACGUGAGAGUGAAUGUCUGUCAGCGGGAGAGGGGUGACUGGCUGAGUGUUGAUCAUGUGGUUGGACGGAUUAGGGGAGGAAUAGGGGGGUGCAUGCUCACAAGGUCUCACAGGUAUCAAGGCAGGUCGUCCGAGGCGCGCGAGCUGAAGAGAGUUUAUGAGGGCAGCCGGGAGUCACUGCAGCUGGACAGGACGUGAACCAGUUCUAGCUGGCGGGAAUGGUCGUGUGUCAACGGCCUGCCAACGGUGGCCGCGGUCAUUAACCGACAAAAUAUAACCGGAGAAGGGGACGCUGGAGCGGCUGCUAUACUUGCAUGUCAAAUCUUGCCUAACGCAAGCAAUAAGCACAUGUGAAAUCGUUCGGUAACGCAUCAACUAAGGACUGGUCACAGUCAACUUAGGCGGAUUUAGCCCAGUACUACUAGAACACACGAAAACAUAUUUCGUCUUAUUUUAAAAUGUAAUUCUGCUGGACCCAGCCCCUUUUAAAGCGGAAAAUGAAGUCAAACUCUAGCUGAGCCGGCAUGGUGUUUAACUGCACCCGGCUGCCUGUACAAAUUAAACCUUCCGUCUUUGAACUAAAUGUGUCGGAUUAGAACGUAGAGAGCGACUGUUGAUAUAGCUGCGGUAGAAGUUUCCUCUUGCUAGCUUGGAACUUGGUGGAUGAUCAUAGACGGGUAAUAAUAAGAAAAACUAUUUUGUCAUCCAAAAUUUUGGAGGAACGAAAUCCGCAGUCAGGCCGAACUAGCUAACUUAUGCUGACGACGUAUUUCAGUCAUGACAUAUUCAUUAAAUGAUUAACAUUUCUAAAAAAACAGCCCAGUAGGUUUCAAAGCGUAAACCACAAAGGGAUCUUCUAAUUAGAACAUUAUUUUGGGAAACAUUAUUUGGAUUGGUUAAUAUUAGUCUUACUUGUAACUAGAAAUUUUUCUGAUACCUAGCGCACAGCUUUCGUAAAUAAGGAAUAAUGAUUAUUAAAUUAUAAUCUCAGAAAAUAGCAGCUGUUGUUGAUUAACGCCUGAAUGCUAUAAUUUGUCCGAAAAAGAACACUUGCGUAAGAUAUUGAGUUUGAUAAAUCCUACAAGACUUGAAGUUAGUCGCUAAUCUUAUUAUGACAGCAUGUUGAACACUUGUCGUAGUACGUUACCUCUAGUAACUAGCCAAUUUUGAUUAAAAUGGGCUGGGAGAAAUUGGCAUCUCACGCAUCUAAGAAGCCUCUGCCGUGAGCAGGAGCAAAGUUUAAUGUCGUAUGGGGUCCCAUUUCCGUUUUUUAAAAUCUAAAAUAGCACAUUAUUUAACAAGAAGCAGUUGACUUUUAAUUAGGGAAAUUCAUACUUUGAAACGAAAGUCGUCUUAAUCAGAACUUCGCCCUUCAGUGACGGCGAUCGCCUGCAUAUGUGGUCAAUAAAACUAAACGUCGGCAGGCCUUCGCUGUUUUUUCACAGCUAUUGCGUGUCUGUGAGGCAUAUCGGGAUGCGAAAGUUGUCAGCGCCGCGCCCUGCUGGGCGCGCUAGCUAGCGCAAGCCAGCGGAGGGCCUGUGUGCGUGUGCGUUCAUAUGUGGCUUAGAUGGAGGGGGAGGGGGCGGGAGGCGAAUGGAGGUCCCAAGAUGGUUCACCAUGGCGGUAUGAAGCAUCGACCACUCUCCAGAGGCGUCCGCGCAGGCUGCGCUCUGGGGCCUCUACUCCACGUUCCACCCCCACUUCUGGAAAGCCGUACGUGCGCUGCGGACAGCCCUCUCACUUGCUCUCAGCACGCUGGAACUACGCCCCUUAGAGUUCACAAAGGCGUAUGCCAGCCCGACGUGAGAGCAAUGACUUAACCCGACAGUCAGCGUUUGCUGCACCGCCUUUUUGCAAGCUGUGAGCUGGGAGCGCAAUUUGCAGCGUACUGAGGACGCGCCCAGAGAGAGGGCUUUAGGCGAAGGCCAGUCCAAGCCACCGCUUGUGGAGGCAGGGCGACAUCGAGGGGGCAAGCAGAAUGGGCUGGGAGGAUGAGACGACAGCAGCAGAUGCAGCAGGAGCCAUAGCAGCCAUUUAAGCGAGAGAACGGUCGGCAUUCUGUCCCCUGCUCGUGUGCGCCUACGCCUCGAGAACGGGUAAGAGUCGGCAAACAUAAAUGUGAUCAAGCUAGGAUUCGCGAAAUGCCUGCGUGACUGCGUUCGCCUACGUGACACAUGACACAGAGCAGAGCGAGGCAUAGACUUUACGUUAAAUUGCACUAAGCGGAAAUCAGGUCCGGCAGAGCGAAAGUCACGAAGAACUCGGAAAUGGGUUCCUAGCGCAACUUCCUGCCCGAGACUUUUGCCCAACUCAGCUAACCGUAUUUAGAAAAAUAACGAGGGAGUUAGGUUUGUAAAUGUUUAUUCUAUGCGAUGGCCAAGGGAGAGAGCCCUUUGAAAAGCAGGUGAUUUGAUAGGACGGCAACGAUCGGGAGAAGGCCCUUAAACACACACACGACCAACCAAAGCGCCUGUCUUACGGGAAAUGUGGUAAUAGGGAUUUUACGGGCGAGGCCUAGGUACGCAUAGAGGAAUGGCUAAAUAAGUAUAGAUAGUUAGCAGAUUUUUUUUCGGUUAGAAAAGUUUUAAGGCAUUGACAUGUAGCAGCCAAAGUAAGCAGGACAAUUAAAAAAUAAACAGUAGGUGCCUACAACGAUCGCUUCUCAACUCUGGGCUGAGGUCAGUGUAGAUUAUGCACCAGACCGUCUACAACAGACGACCCAACCUUAUACGAUGAAACGCCAAACCGAAACAAUCGUGCCGGACCUAAAUCCACUUCGAUAAGUAGGUAGUGUUUGCAUGCCACAGAUGUUUGGGGGCCCUAACCCGAUCCUUACCGGUAGGACUUGUUAAAACAAGACAUUUUGAGUGCUAACCGAAACCAAUAAAACCGCGAAGGUUAGUAUGCAUAGCAAUGCUUUUAGAAAUGCCGGCUUUGUUUAUCACCUAGUGCUCCAUGAGCGUUUAUUUUGGUUUACACAAGGUGCAGUAACACGAAGUAAGGGAAUUUUCACCAAUCACUUAAAUAUUUGAAUACUAUGUUAAUGUGCAUGUUUAUUUUUUAAUUGCCUGCUGACCACAAACGUUGGAAGACGUCUCAACAAAACGGCCAAUACAGGGCCUUAGUAAAAGUGCUCCAGGGGGGCAUAUGUAGUCUGGAGUAUCAUUUCGUACGCGCCUAGGACGUUCCUCUUUCUGCUCUGUCUAGGUCAUUCGAGUUUAACGUUUAUUGAAAUGUAACAUUUUGCUUUUCAGAAUACAUAGGAAUUUACUGUUUGCACUCAGAUACUUUCACAUAUUUAAGUGCCUUUAGGAGAUAGUCCUUAGGUAACAAUUGACAGUCAUGAAAAUUCGACUCUAUCAUAAAGGAGGCUGUGUAGGAAAGACAGUAGCAAAUACCAGGAAAGCACAAUAUAACAAACUAUAGCAAAGACGACAGACCAAGUCUCGCAAAACGUGCUAAGUAAUAACUUGUAGAAGACAAACUAAGUAAACAGAGAGAAAAGUGCAUUCAUGCUUUAAAACCAACUGACCUUUUUUAACACAUUAUCUCGAUUUAGCGCCUAACACAAAAAGUAGGUGGAGACGGCCGGCCCCCUAAUGUCGAGAAGUAAACAGUUCAAGAUAUGAAGGGUAUCCAGCCACUAGAAGUCCGACAUUUCUAAGGUUAACUAGACUAGCAUUCCAUGCAACCGGCAGAAAGUUUUAAUAGUUUUACUAAUUGAGCGUGCAGAAGUCCAAUUUUUUUUUAUUAAAAUGAAGAUAAAAUACUAAACUAUAAGGCAAUGAACAGCAAUAAGUGCUCUUUGCUGUAAACGGAAAAUAAACACUGCGGUUAACAUAAUGCCGGCCUUCCUUUUAAUAGGAAGGAAACAGCAAAAGCGUCUUCAGUAAAAUCGAUCAUGCUUCCUACGACUAACAGUAAAAUGAAUUGCAGACAGCUAGAAAAAUGUUUAUUUAUAUCUUAAUUUUAAUGUAAGAUACUCUUUUGCCGGUGACAUGUCUUGCAUUUAUGUCUUUAACUCGGAGUAGUCGAGCAGCGUUUCCUGAUAGUUAUCAACAAAAGGACAAUUAAGGCUUGUCAAUCCGAUUUAUAUUAUUUAAAUAAUUUAACAACAAGUACGUUUAAAGAUGUAUCAUAGCUUAUUUAAAAAGACCCAGUACUGGUAUUGCUUUAUGCCAGCAUUUGUUAAAAGUCUGGGUAGAAACAAUUUAGGUACUUUUCUUUAUUUUUACAAUUUAUUUUCAUUUUCAGAAGAUUAUCUGGCAUAUAAUGGACAAAUUACCUAAGCGUUGGGGCCCCUUUAAGUACCAAAUGUUGAAGAGGGACCGGGAUGGGAUGUUUAUGAACGAGGCCUUCCAAGCGAUAUUCUUCGAACGCAUGGAGACAUACCAACGGGAGUAUCGUGAACAGCGCAAAGAACUAAUGCGCAAAAUUUGA